AAACCCAUGAAGCACUGCGGGUAACGAUACACAGAUUCUUCGACUGCAACUUUAUUUGAAAUAUGUGUAUAAAGUGCAAGUGUUGUUGUUGAUCACGUCACGUGACGUCUCAGAAGAUGUCGGACCGCGCAGGGUCUCGUCUUGUGCGAGUUUCUAAUCAUCUUUACUCAAGUACAGACCCUUGUAUGAGCCCUACGAGCUCCCAAAAAGUAAGUUACAGCUAUCACCCAUACGACACGAAUGGCUACGUCCUACAGAACGACGUUCUCACCGAAAAAGACGUGGAAUUUUACAACCACAAUGGUUUCUUCGUGGUGAGGAAAUUAGUAGACAAGGAGCGACUAGCCAAGUAUCAUGAAAGGUUCCGUCAGAUCUGCGUCGGGAAAGUUAAAGUCCUAGGCUUGACUGUAAUGAAGGAUGUCUCGAUGCGAAAUUCAGAGUUCCUACCGGGAGAACGUUCGAUCAACAAAAUCCAAGAUUAUCAGAAUGACGAAGUCUUGUUUGAGUACUGUAGUCUGCCUGAGAUUUUGAAAUAUGUCGAGUGUUUUGUUGGCCCGAAUGUAAUGGCAGUGCAUACUAUGCUGAUCAAUAAACCCCCGGAUCCUGGAACGAAGACUUCCAGACACCCAUUGCACCAGGAUCUACACUACUUCCCCUUUCGUCCAGCUAACAGGAUGGUGUGUGCCUGGACUGCCAUGGAAAAGGUUACUCGCCAAAAUGGUUGCCUGGUCGUCCUUCCGGGUACACACAAGACAGAGCUAUUAAAGCACAGAUACCCGGAUUGGGAGAAAGGAGUUAACAAGAUGUUUCAUGGCAUCAGGGACUUUGACCAGAAUGCACCGAUGGUCCACCUGGAAAUGGAGGCUGGCGACACAGUCUUCUUCCACCCUUUACUGAUCCAUGGAUCAGGAGCAAACAGGACCAGUGGCUUCCGAAAGGCCAUCUCAUGCCACUAUGCCAGCAGUAACUGUUACUACAUCGACGUGAAGGGGACUGUCCAAGAAGAGAUUGCUGAGGAGGUGGUGGGUGUGGCCAAAAAAAAGCUCGGCCCAGAUGUCAGCUUAACAUUCCAGGAUAUUUGGAAAUUUCGGCGCCGGCUGGUUCAAGGUGAAGAAGGAACUUUAUAAAUGGAAUAACAACACACUCUGACAAUAGCAUAAUCUGUCAAGGACUGGUACCUCUUGCUGUUGAUUUACAAUCCAAUCUUAUAAUUUAUAAUUCCAUGUAGAAAAAAUAGAAGUAUUUGGUAGCAGGGUGAAUAUGUAAAGUCUAGAUCUAUGAGCGUUCAAUAAAGUGUUUCAUAUUAAGAUAUCAUAAAUAUUUAUGCUUUCUGUGUCAAGCUGCGAUUCCUUAUUUCUUAAUUGGGAAACAUCGGGCUCAUGCAUGAGAUGAUUUUAUUUUUGCUGUUAAUAUUCUAUUAAUAUUUUAUGACUUAGCGUUGGAAAUAAAAUGAAGCUUUAAAAUA